AUGUUCAAUUUUGUUCAAAACAUCUUCAAGCCCGCGGGUUACAAGAAACAGAAACCACAGGAGUUGGUGAAACAGAUGGCGGAUGAGCUACAGGGUCUUCCCGACGUUAUUGAGGAAUCGGCAAAUUCCAACUCUGUUACCGGAAUGACGGUAUCUUUAUCGAUGUCAAAGUCCUUUCAGAGGAGCCUUUCCUCAGUGUCAGAGACUGAGACCAAGAAAUAUGCCCCGCUUGAGGACUUCCUAGCGUCAGUAGUGAUCCCAACCACUAGUGGUGCUUCUGGUGACCACAAGGCAGAUACCCAUGCCGGCCCUCCGACCCAAUAUGGCAAUGUUACUAGUGCGCGUAAACCGCCGAAAUCAGAGGAUAUUCAGAAAGUGGUCAACCAGAGUCUACAGAGUAACCUCCUGUUGAAGAUUGCUCGGCAUAUUGCAGUAGCUAGCCCUGAGCUUAGGCGCUCGUGCGUACAGGUCUGGGGGCAUCUGUUGAAAUUGGAGUCACCUAAGACCCACGAGAGGGUCAAUUUAGCGUAUUUGAUGACGCAUCCGGAUUGCAUGAGGUGCCUGAUGUCGUGCUAUAGUAUUCCUGAUUGCUCAAUACACGUUGGCGUGAUGAUCCGUGAUGCGUGUAAAUUCCAUGAUGUUGUGCAGUCGCAGAUGUUCAACUCUGGUUUGAUUUACCAACUUUUCGACGUCAUGCACUCGCAUAAUUUCGAUACGCAAGCGGACGGAUUUGAGACUCUUAAAGAGGUUCUGAUGAACCAUAAAGAUGUCUCUGUUCGUUGGCUGCUCGACAACUUUGAUGAAUUCUUUAAUAAGUACCAGGAGCUAUUGGAUACGUCAUCGGGAGAUACGCAGUACGUCACUCUUCGUCAGUCUUUGAAGUUAUUGGGAGACAUAUUACUCGACAGACCUUUCAUGAAGGUUAUGGUAAGGUUUGUUAACGAGGAGCGUUACUUGAAGUCGGUCAUGAUACUGCUUGGGAACAGCUCUAAGGCAGUUCAAGUAGAAGCCUUCCAUGUCUUCAAAAUUUUUGCGGCGAAUCCUCAUAAGGCGCCAGCGGUGCAACAGAUUCUGUACCAGAAUAGAGCGAGGCUUGUGAAGUUGUUGGAUAAAUUAGAAAUGGCAGUGAUUUCGAGCGGUGGUGUCCACAAGUCCCAAAGUGAGGAGAAGCAGUUUGUGGCGGACAAAGUGAGUGUAUAG